UUAUAUAAAUUUAAAUCCAAAGUAUGCAAGGAUACAUAGUCAAAAUAAUUUUGCUGUUUAUUUCAUUGUAGAAAAUAUUAAAUUUCCAAAAAUUGACCAAAUUAUAAGUACUUAUCCAAUUUUGUCGUUUUAGCUGACUAAGGUAGACAAUCCAUGUCACUCAAUCGACCGUUUUAGAUAAUGUCGUUUUGUCGAAAAGUAAAUCCAAAAUGGAGUACAGCGGGAAAGUUAAACUUGUGCCAAUAAAUCGACCACGAAAACAUCCCUAUAGAGUGUCCAGGGUUUUGCGUAGAGAAGUCCAUCGCACAUAUGACAAGAUCUACGCCACGAUUUAUGGCCAAUGUGUGGGAGAUGCUCUUGGUCUGCUCACUGAAGGUCUAACCAAAGAGGAAAUCAAGAGACACUACAAAGAGGUGUCAGGCCAUCUGGAGCUGAUUCAUAAAAAGAUGUUAAAGGACAUUCAUCGCCGUCGCUGGCAGGAGGGAGACUGGACUGAUGAGACUGACCAACUGGUUCUCAUACUACAGUCCAUUGUUCACCGCAAGGCUGAGGUAGAUCCUGUAGAGUUUGCCCGCCGGCUGAUGUAUUGGUCUGACCAGGGGCUUCCCGAACUGGGCGAUGAGGGGAACGCGGGUAUGGACUCCCAGGUGAAGGCUGUUGUCACACAUCCACAGUUCUCGGAGGAACCUCUCAAGGCCUCUGAAAUCGUUUGGCGUAAGGGAGGGACAUACAUUGCUAGUAAUGGUGCAGUGGCAAGGACAGCCAUACUGGGGGUGCAUCAACAUGAGACCCUGGGGCAGGUCAUCAAGAAUGCCCUCGAUAUCUGCAGAGUUACCCACUAUGACCCAAGGUGUGAAGCCUCAUGUGUAGCAGUAUCAGCCGCCAUAGCCAUGCUGAUACAGAAGAGUCCACAACAUAUGAAGAAGAGCGGGAAAUACGAUAUUGAAGGCAUUAUCGAUGACUGUUUUGUGUAUGCCUCAAGAUUGCUGUCAACUGACCAACAGGUCAAAGAGCUAAAAGCAUAUAUGUACCCACCAGGCCUUAAGGAGAUGAGACUCGAUGACCCUGCAAAGGCCAGCUAUACAUAUAAAGCUGUAGGCGCAGGUUUCUGGGCUCUGCGGCAGAAAGAUUUCAGACAAGCAAUUCAAGCUAUAGUGUUAGAGGGUGGUGAUGCUGACGCAAAUGCUGCUGUAGCAGGGGCAUUACUUGGCUGCAAAUUAGGCCUUGAUGCAAUCCCUCGAUCCUGGAUGGAACCUCUCAAACACAGGGCCUGGUUGGAUGAGCUCAUUGACAGGUACUUUGACAUAAUAGAGCGAAAGAAACGAGAAAAGGAGACAGUCGUUUGAUUGGGCAUUGAAGGAACCAUUUAUACCUUGGUGCAGAGUUUGUGAUAAUGCUAAGCAGAUGCAAUAUACUAACAAGAGUGACAUAUCACUGUACUUGUUGUUUUUGAUUUUUGAAACCUGUUGUCUAAUUCAGAAUACAAUUAUCUUAAUGUUUAAUUGUAUAAAGAUUGCAGUUUAUGAUAUCACUGCAUUUGUUGUUUUUGAUUUUUAAAACCUGUUGUCUGAAUCAGAAUAUAAUCUUAAUGGUUAAUUGUAUAAAAAUUGCCCUUUGCGGCAAUGUCAUAAGGCCUCACUGUUUUAUUUUUAUGUAUUGAAAACAUAUAUGCAUACAUUGCCUUGCCAUAUUUCUGGAGACCAUACCAGGGGAUUUGUUCAAAAAGGCUGAAAUUUCAGGGAUUUUUGAAAAUAUUCAGGGGGAUUUUUUGUAUGUCAUAUCCCCUUGUUGGGAUUAAUAUAUCCCUGAAUUUCACCAGAGCAGAACACACACAAAAAAAAAAAAGUAUAAAUUUUUCAAUUUUAUGGGCGACAACAUCAAAUAUAUCAUUGAUAUCAACAACUUUAUAUUUUUGAAACUGAACCACCUUUUCAAAACAACAAACAUUGCUUUUCAGAAAACACACUUAUUGGCAGUAUAAAUUAUUUAAAGGAAAUAUAUAAAUAACUAAGAGCUUAAAACAAGUGUAGUUUAAACAUUAUAUAUUUUACAACGAUUGUGAAGAAAGUUCUGAUACUCUAAGUCACUCUUGCUGGCACAAGGUUGUGCGAGACUGUGGUCUUGUGUUAUGAGGGAGACCGGAGUGCCUGGAGAAAACCCACUUGUCCGGCUUGGUGACCACUAACCAAACUCACAUGCACCCUGGCCGGGAAUCGAACCCGGUUCGCCUUGGUGAGAAGCGAGUGCGCUAACCACUGUGCUAACCGGACAACCAAGAUUAUAUAUAUAUACCUGAUUUUUUCCGAUGUGUUUGAUUCUCUAUGGUAACACCUGAAAGGCAAUACAGACAAUACACCUAGAAAUAUGACAAUAUGGCCCAAUUAGCCUCCACACAUGCUAAAGACAUGUUAAAUUAUAUGACUAUUUAGAGUAUAUAUUGUGUAAAACCAGUUAGGGCUUAAUUGUUUGCUUCCCUCAUUAUGCCCUUAUUGAUAGAUUUUGCAUAUAUAUGUUCUACCUAUAACAUAAACAGCUCUUACAUUCCCCUGUAUUUGUAUAUUAUACUAUAUUAUUGCAUAGUUAUUCAUAGAUAUUGCUGCUUUUAAGAUUUUAUAAGAUGAUUUUACUCCAAUUUACACAUUACAUACCAUUUGUCUUUCCAUACUUCAUGUUUAUUUUUGUGUUGUCAAAGUUUCUGUAUAUUAUUUGUGUCACUGUUAACGGAAGUUUGUUGUGAGCUUCCUUGUUAUUUUGAGGAAAAAGGUCAAGGUAUUGUCAUAGCCCUGGUGUUGUUGUUGGCAACAUUGUCAUAGGGCAAAAUGCCAACCUUGGCCAUGUCCCUAACUCAAAGGUCAAGGUCACACUUACAGGUCUAUUAUUAUGGAAUGCUGCAUAUAUUCUUAUACAAAAUAGUUUGCUGUGUCCAGGCUGGUUUUUUUUAUUGCAUAAUGAAAUUUUAAUCAAAUUGGCAUGUGUUCAGUACAUAAAGGUGAUGUGUUACAUGCAUUUGAAGAUAUUCAUAUGAAACUUGGUACACAUUUUUGCCAGGAACCAUACACACAUGUAUGGCAAGGCACAGAAGACCCAGGCUUUAAAGGUGGUCAAGUUGUGACAGACAGACAGACAGUGUUGGUGUUUGCUCUGCAGCGCCCUUAAUUAUUAUCAUGUUUCAAGGUUGGGCAUCUAUUUUAUUAACUAAAUCAUUGUAAACAGUGAAAAAUAUGUUUAAAGUGCAAAUUUAAAUUUAACAUGUAUACUAUAAAGGCUUGUCUAUAAUUUUACGUAGAAAAUAGUCAAGGUUUCAUCAAUUUUCUUUGUCUGUAGAAUAGUUUGUAGGGGAAAACCUUUCAGUCAAAAUUCUAAGGUUUACUGUAUAGGAUAUUAAGAUAUAAAAAUCCCAUUCACAAAAUGACAAAAUGACAAUGCACACAUGUGUAGGAUUAUUAUUUUAUUCUUUAUAAAAUUACAUUACCAUUUUUUCAUCUUUGGUGAAAACUUAACAUUUAAAAUUUAACUCUUAAUACCAUAUGAACUUUCAUGUAAGGUCCUAAUAGUAUUAACAAUGAAUAACAUUGAUCUAUUGAUUUUAAUAACAAUUACACAAUUUAAAGCAUUGUCUGACUUAAGCAUCAUGCUACUGACCAUUUACAUUUUGUUGUUUUGUUUAUUUCCAGUGUUGAUAAUGAGAUUUCUACAUUGUAUCUUUAAUUAUGUAUGUUGUUUGAUGUUGUUUAACUUAUUGUACUAUCAUUUGUAAAGAUCUGAUUAUUUUUUAUAAAAUUCUGUCUGAAGCUUUGCUGAUUGUUUUAUGAAUUCUUUUUUCUUAUUGACACACAGAAAUUUUAUGAUUAAGAUUUUAGAUAAUUUAAGUUUCAACAAAAAUAUUUAUCAAAACUGCCCACUGUACACAAGUGUUCUAUUCUUAGGUUAGUAACUUACACACCACCACUUUUUACUGAUUAUUUUUUUUACUUCAUCUAUAAAAUAACAUGCAAUGGCGCCAAUUAAGACAAAUAGGGUUUCUGUUCAUUGUAAUGUUUUAUAAAUACAUUGAUCAAAUUCAGAAAGAAAUAAUAAAACAUUUCAGUAUAAAGAUGCUAAACAAACAAGUAUGUGAACUACAAAAAAGAUAAAAGAAAUAUUUCUAUGAUUUGUACAGUUUUGCUUUAUUUUAUGAUAUUAUUGCUAAAAUUCUUGCUUAUUUUGAUGCAUACAUGCCAUAUUCCUGAGAGGCUUCCCAGGGAAUUUUGGUCUGAAUUCCAGGGGAUUUUGGUCUGAAUUCCAGGGGAUUUUGGUCUGAAUUCCAGGGGAUUUUGAUAUUACACCAGGGGAAUUUAACGCGACGAAAAUUUGCACAAUAUCUGCAUUUAUAAUAUAAGAAUAAAUACAGAAAUACCCUCAAAUUACAAUAUUUUUUGGACUAAGUGAUCAUUGUCCUUCAUGGAAUUUCACACUCAUAAUUGUAUUGAUGCUUUCCACUGUCAACCUUAAGCAAGUUUUUUUUUUUUAAAUUCCAGAGGAUAUGGAUCCCCUGGCGGGGGACCAGGGGAUGGGUCGAAAUUCCGGGGGAUUUUUCCCCCCGCAGGGGGAUAUGGCAUGUAUGUUUUGAUGUGUCCUAUUAUUUCUGGGAUGUACCUCCUAUUAUGUGUAUUUUAGAAUCCUUAUUCAUAGAUCUAUCUUACACUUUAUUAUUGUCUUUCUUCUUCUUUUUAAAUUUCAUAUAUCACUUAUGAAUCCUUCUGAAAAGGCACUUUAUAACAAAAUGUUUCAUUGUGUUUUGGGUUGUUGUAAUAUCACCUCCGCAUAUUAAAUAUUGUUAUGUUUGUUGUUAAAUAUACAAAACUAUUACAGAUGGACAAUAAAACUAUAUGGAAG